UAUACGCCUAGGACGACGAUUAUUGUCAGUGCAGUGGUGGCGUCGUGUUCAGCAGCGAUCGAGACCAACGGCUAAUUCUAACGGAAUUACGAGUAUUUACAAAAUCUAUUAUUGGAAGCGCAGCCAGCAAACAAACAGUUAGAGGCACAAGAUGGAUUUGACCAACAAGAACGUUAUUUUCGUUGCCGCUCUGGGCGGUAUUGGUCUCGACACGAGUCGGGAGCUCGUCAAGCGUAAUCUGAAGAAUUUUGUCAUCUUGGACAGAGUUGAGAACCCGACUGCUCUUGCUGAGCUGAAGGCAAUAAAUCCCAAGGUGAACAUCACCUUCCAUACCUACGAUGUGACCGUACCCGUUGCUGAGUCGAAGAAGCUGCUGAAGAAGAUUUUCGAUCAGCUGAAAACCGUUGACAUUCUGAUCAAUGGUGCUGGUAUUUUGGAUGACCAUCAGAUUGAGCGCACCAUUGCCAUCAACUUCACUGGUCUGGUCAACACCACCACCGCUAUUUUGGACUUUUGGGACAAGCGUAAGGGCGGUCCUGGUGGCAUCAUUGCCAACAUUUGCUCCGUUACUGGCUUCAAUGCCAUCCACCAGGUGCCUGUCUACUCGGCAUCCAAGGCUGCUGUUGUCAGCUUCACAAAUUCCCUGGCGAAACUGGCUCCCAUCACUGGCGUUACUGCCUAUUCGAUCAACCCUGGCAUCACCAGGACCCCCUUGGUGCACACUUUCAACUCCUGGCUGGAUGUAGAGCCACGUGUUGCCGAACUGCUGCUGUCCCAUCCAACCCAGACCUCCGAGCAAUGCGGUCAGAACUUUGUCAAGGCCAUUGAGGCCAACAAGAAUGGCGCCAUAUGGAAAUUGGAUCUGGGCACCCUUGAGGCCAUUGAGUGGACCAAGCACUGGGACUCGCACAUCUAAGCAUUUCCACGCCAUUGUGAUAAGAUAGACGUGUAUACGGAAUUGAACAAUUAAUAUGAAGUAAGGCUGAUUGAUAAACGUUCCAUGUUGUCGAACGCUGAAUGGUCGAAUUUGUUAUUUUUAUGAAAAUAUAUCGAAGAGAAUUCCAAACAAAUAAA